AUGUACCUCAUCCUCAUACCCAUCGUCAUCGUCAUCCUUAUCCUCUACCCCCUCCUCUGCACUCUCUCCACAACCCUCCGCACCCUCUCCCUCCCCCGAAUCCCAGGCCCCUUCCUCACCCGCCUCACAAAACUCUGGUACGUCAACCGCGUGCGAAACGGCCACUUCGAGAAGGACAAUAUCGCCCUGCACAGGCGCUACGGGCCCGUCGUCCGCAUCGCCCCAGACCACUAUAGUAUCUCCGGGCGCGCAGCCAUAAAAACCGUCUACGGGACGGGGAGCAAGUUCACCAAGUCCGCCUGGUACGAGGGGUGGAAGCACCCGGAUCCGAACCAGUGGACGUUGUUUCCUGAUCGGGACGUUAAAAGGCAUGCGGAAACGCGCAAGCGCUUCUCGAGCCUCUACUCCAUGACCUCGCUGGUGCAUUACGAGGCGUUUGUGGAUCGGUGCGCGGAUCUCUUCUGCAUGCGGCUGCGGGAGUUCGCGGCCCGUGCUGAGGAGUUCAACCUGGGCCAUUGUUUCCAGUGUUAUGCGUUUGAUGUCAUUGGGGAUAUUACUUACGGGCAGCGGUUUGGCUUCCUCGAUCGCGGAGAGGAUAUCGAAGGGACGAUUGCCGCGCUGCAGCGGCUGAUGAACGUACAAGUACGCUUGUGGGCAUAUACCCCGAGUGGCAUCCGCGGCUUUUUGGGCCACUGA